AUGAAUGAUAUUCGACGUCUUUUUUCACUUUUACUUUGUUGUUGUUCGCGACAAAAACAAAAAAGACAAAUUGCUCAAAUUAUCUUAGAUGAUCCUAGAAGAACUUUUAUAUAUUCUGGUAUUGAUGCAUUGAAUAUAACAAAUUCAACAUCUUUAAUUAUUGCUGAUUUUGGUUCAUCUCAUGGACAAAAUUCUAUUCAAACAAUGAAAAUAAUUAUUGAAUAUCUUACAAAAAUGAAUAAACUUCGAGGAUCUCCAUUAAUCAUUCAUAAUGAUCUUCCAACGAAUGAUUGGACACGACUUUUUCAAUUACUUGCUGAAGAUAAUUCAUAUCGGGGUCUAGCUAAUGGUUGUUCUUUUUAUGAAGAAUGUCUUCCACGAAAUUGUCUUUCAAUUGCUUUUUCAUCUGCUUCACUUCAUAUUCUAUCGAAAAAACCUUGUAAUAUAAAUAAUCAUUGUUAUUUUCAUUUUGCUAAUGAAAAUGAACGUGAAAUAUUUAAAAAUCAAUCAAAAUUUGAUUUUAAUUCAUUUAUUAAAUAUCGUUCACAAGAACUUCAAUCAGGUGGAAUUCUUAUUCUUAAUAUUCCAUGUGUUAAUGAAAAUGGUGAAAUGGGUUUUAAUUUUUAUUUUGAUUUAAUUUAUAAAUGUGCUCAAUUAUUAACAAUUCUUACAUCACAAGAAUUAAUAGAUUUUACAAUUCCAUUUUAUUUACGUUCGUUAUCUGAAUGUAUUGAUUUAGAAUUAUUUAAUCGAUAUUCAUUAGUAUUAAUCAAAUCUGAAUUAAUUUGUUUAAAAUCUCUUAUCGUUGAUCAAUAUCGACAUGGACAAAUAAGACUCGAUCGUUUUGCUAAAUCUCUGUCAAUGUUAAUGAGACCAGGAACUGAUUUAGCAUUGAAACAAGCAUUACAAACAAAUCGACGAUCAAGUCCAGAUAUUGAACGUAUAUCAACACAAUUUUGGUCUUUAUUUGAAGAAAAAGUAAAAAAUGAAUUAUAUCUGGAUGAUAUCAAUACAUAUGCAACCUACUUAAUCUUAAAGAAAAAAUGA